AUGAAGGAAAGGUUAAAAACAUGGAUCACCGCCAAGUUGAAGAGGCUCCAGGGCAAAGAUCCAACUAUGCCUCACCUUCCCGACCAGCGAAAAUAUGCUUUAACAACAGCAUCUUUAACCGAGUAUCUUCUGGCUGAAGAGUGCCUGUUCUUCAAGAAACUGCCGUACGAGAUCCGGCACAGGAUUCUAGUUAUUGCUUUUGGCAACCGUCGAAUACACAUGGACCUAUCUCUCGCCCACCCCCCACGCAAACCCAUCCAAGCGAAACGCAAUGGCAACCGCACACAUUCCAUCACCAACGAUCAUUGUGGACGGCACCGAGAUACGUGGCCCUUAGGGCCCUUUGAUACCAGUAAACCCCAGCGCUGGGAGUGGAGGGGAUGCUUAUGCCAUCGCAUACCGCCGGACUCGAGGGGUGACUUCCACGACAGGGCGAGGAAUGUUCCACAGCCGGGAGACGAUCGAUGCUGCACGGGGUUUGGGGCCUCUUGUGACCAGUGGCCGGGACAAGUACCAGAUAAGUGCUGGAUUGGCGUCAUGGGAUGGCUUUUGACUUGCCGACAGUCGUAUGUCGAGGGGAUUCAGGUGCUUUAUGCAACAAAUACCAUUCACAUUGCCAGCAAGGCUCUUCUUACGCACAUUUCGAGCCUCGUUCUGCCUCAGCGGUUAAUGGGGAUUUCAUCAUUGGAAAUUUCAUGGGAUACUGGUGUCCACGAACAUGAGGGCACUGUCUUCCUAAACCAAGACGAUUUGAAAUCAAUCCUUACGAUACUGUCCUCACACUUCCCUUCGCUCAGGUUUCUACAUCUGGCACUGAAGAUGCAAGUCAACAUUCAACUCCCCGUCCGUCUUGGCGCCACACUCAGGGUCCUCGACUCAUUUAUCCGCAACAAAAGCCUGAAGUUCACCGUCUCCGUAACGAGCUCCGUCUUCAGGCAACUAUACAGGACUGUACGGGAAGAAAUUACUGGAGGAAAGGGCCCUUACGACUUUUCGGAUUACCAGCUUUGGCGGCAUCUUGUUGGCACGUUUGAGCUGGUGCCGUGGCGGUGGACGGAUAUUCCGAAGUCUUUUGGGGAGGGGUAUUGGAUUGCGAUUGGUGAUAAUAACGAUCUCAAGUUUGAUUAUAUGAUCGAAUCUGAUGCAUGUGCAAUCUUGAGGGAUUGA